GGGCUCUUCCCGGUCGGCUUGGUCCUUAUGCGGAGGACUUGGCUUCACUGUGUCUUGAUCACCCUGACAGUUCCCGGUGUAGGUGUGGGGCCAGGUUUUCAGCGACUCCUUCCUGUUGCCUGGCCGCUGCUGGCCUUCACCCGCCUGGGCCUGGGGCUGGGGCUGGGGCUAAGAGCGGAGUCAGGUGGCGUUAGGCGAAGAAAGAUGCCGAAAACCUCGAGCGAAACGCGAACGAUGACUGUGAAGAAUUCUGCAAAAGUAGCCCAGGGACCUGUGAAGCUCGAUAAAAGUGGUGUUUUGGUUGUUAUUCAUGCUAAACCUGGAGCCAAACAAAAUACCAUAACUGAUGUGUCGGGAGAAGCUGUGGGUGUGGCCAUUGCAGCCCCUCGGUCUGAAGGUGAGGCCAGGACGGAACUGGUGUGCUAUCUGGCCAAAGUGCUGGGAUUGAAGAAAAGUGAAGUUGACCUGGACAAGAUAUAUAGAUCACGUCAGAACGUGGUGAAGAUUCUGGCUUUAUUGAUCUCAGAAGGAGUGCAAGAAAGACUCAGGACCACAGCUACUACAAACUUGUACAAGAAGCAGGGCCUUGAGGCAGAGGUGCAACCUCGAUAAUGAUCUUAGAACCAGACAAUUAAAUGAAAACUUCACUGUCUGAAGAAAAUAUGCAGGAGAUGUCUGUGACUAAUUUGUCUCAUCAGAAGUUGCAUUUGAUGAAUCUUGGAUAACUCUCUCAUGCUAACCAUCAAAUCCAGGUGUGAACAAGUGCAGGUAUAGCUGAUUUCUGAUUUUUGUUUUUAAUUUAUAAAUUUGGAACUAUUUGGUUAAUGAACUUACCUUGACUGUACAUUAAUUCUUGAAUUGCUCAGGAUUAUUUUGUGUGGAAACUCAUGUACACAGACAUCAACUAUAUUUUGCAUAAUUAAAAAACACUGUUCAUGAUGGGGUGUGUCCCAGAUUGAAACAUUAACCUAUGAUCCCAUUUGUCUGAUUCACUGGUUCAGUUGUGUUUAAAAAUGCCAUGACAGUACAGUCAGAGCAGGAAGUUCUCAACCAGCUCUCCCAACAGAUGAUCAACAGUAUGAUAACCACAUAGACAUCCAUGGGACACUGGCUGCAGAGUGGCUGUGGUUUUUCUGACCUAAAAGCAAGUUAGUGCUCUUCAGUCAUCUGAAAUGUGGUAACACAUUGUAUAAUUUCAAGUAUUUUCCUGUGUGAGCAUUGACGUGUUUGGGAACUGAGUAGACUAGCUGGUUAGAGAACAAAACUAUAAUCGUUGGAAGAGUGCUGAGCCUCAGGCCGUUAUGCAAGUGAAAUUAAUCACAGAACUUGUGUCAAUUAGAAAUGGGUUACAGUUGCAAAAUUAUUUUAGGGUUGUCGAAAUUCAUUUACUGAUAUAAUAAACUGGUGAAUAUGAACAUGAUCUAAUGUUUUACUCCAUAUUUUAGGAAAUGGUAGUUUUCAUAAAAUGCUUCAUAAAGCAGUGUUAUUCAGUUGGUAAGCAUCAGCAUUUACAGUGUUGCUUUUUGACAUAUUGAAGAAUGUACUUUCAGAUCAGAGCCUGUUUGAGUGACUUUGCAAGCUGAACAAUCAUGGAGUCCUGGUUUUGUGUGUGCGCACACACCUGUUCUCUUCAGAGUUUUUUUUAAAUGUAGGGUCAUCUGGUAGUUUUGUUUUCUCUCUCAAUUUUUUUACUUUUGCCUGGUUUUAUUCAGUCAUCAGUGCAGACUUUAAAACUGUGUGAGGCUGUUUUUGUAAUUUCCUAUUCAUAGAAUUCUUACAAUGCAGAAAGAGGCCAUUUAGCUCAUGAAUUAAUCUUCACUUUAAGAAUAUUGUGACACAAGGGAACGGUAUGAGAGUUGAUUAUCUGUAGGGUGGUGAAUGCUCCCUCCGUGGCCACGGCUAACUGAUGUGGUUUUACAGGCUGAUGUUCAGAAAAAUCAAUAUCUGUAACUGCUGGAGCUGUUGAGAGAUGUAAUGCUGUGGCCUGAUUUUGUAGUGUUUCCAGGCAGCAGCUGCAGAGGGUGCUAGAGUCCAGGAGAGUGAAGAGCAGUGACUGUAUGAAGCAACAAGUGAGAUUCAUGAUAUCUUAGAACAGCUGCAGGCAAAGGUCCCCUCAA